AGUUGUCCCUCACAUCUAGUGAGAUUUGUGGCGUUUUGCUGUUUGUGGUGCUAUAAGUCCUUCAUAUAUCAUCUACUUGCAGUCCUCAGGGUUGUGAGCCUUCUUCUUUCCAACAAUUAUUAUACAAUCUCUGCUUCUUCUUUCAGUAGGGGCUCGCCAAUCGAAGGACAAGUCUUUCCCUUUUCGGGGGUCCUCCUUUUCUUCCACUUCUGCAAUUUUCUCAUUUGUCUUUCCAUGUUCCAUCACCUCAACAACAUAAACAUAUCUUCCCAAAAUAUUUAUGCUCUCAUUCACUUACUGCUCCUCAUUUCAUCCCAUUCAUUUCCUCCAUUCCCUCACUUACUACAUUCUCUUCCUCAAUACCCCUCUCAUUCCUCACAAAAGUUUCACACUAAAAUGGGCUUCGAUCAUCAUCUCAUUUGUGGUCAAAGACUUGGCUUCCUUUGCAUUUGUCUUCUGUUUCUCAUUGUUUCAAGCUGGAUCCAUAAGGGGUUCCUUAUUGAAGACAAUAAGUGAGGAUAAAGCUAUAAUGAGGCCAAGAAUAGGGUCAAGGCCACCAAAAUGUGAGAGAAGGUGCAGAUCAUGUGAGCACUGUGAGGCAAUCCAGGUGCCUACAAAUCCCCAGGCGCAGAACGGAAAGAAAAACUCUUGGAAGUUUUCUUCGGUUGCAUAUGCCAGGCUUGGUGGCAGUUCCAACUACAAGCCCAUGAGUUGGAAAUGUAAAUGUGGGAACCUCAUUUUCAACCCCUGAAUCCCAUUAGUUCUUUCGUAUAUCAAGGAUAUCAAGUUCUCAAUUCUGUACAUGAUUAUACACUCUCAAGUCAUUCUUUUUUUCAGUUUUUACCUUUUAGCUUUCAUCUAAUUUACUUUGUAAAUUAUUUCAUAGCCCCGGAUGCUCUCUCCUUUAUAUAACUUUAUUCGUUCCAACAUUUUAGAGCGUGUGAUUUACUCUGAAUUAUUUCAAACAUUCUGUUAUUACAAGAACAAAUAGAUAUUAAUG